UGUGUACAAAAAACACCGGAAGUAACUUACAGAACGACCGGAAACGACAUGUUGACUCGAUCAUCCGCGAUGUUUUUUUAAGUAUUAAAAUUUACAGUAACUCAUAUGAUGUGAAGCCACUCUAGAGAUACCUGCCUUAAUGUCACAAUGGGCUCUUCACAUCAUUUACUCUUAUUCUUGAUGUUUUUGCACUAUGCAGUAGGUUCCACUAAAAGUUGUGUGAAGGUUCUUCCAGACUCCAGCGGUAACAUUGUAGUUGAGGUGGGAAAGGACUUCACCGCGACAUGUCACCUCCUGGAAGGAUCCGCUUACACCUCAGAUGACAUUGAAUGGCUUUUGAACAACGUCAGCAUUGCAAAGCAGUUUUACCGCAAAAUAAAUGAAACAUCUGUUAGUGUCACUAUUGGCAUCACCAGUGAUAUGAGCGGUUUGUUGCUGUGCAAAGCCGCCAAAACGUCCCUGUCAUACGUACCAGAGUGUAAAUAUGGAAUCUUUCUCCGGACAGGAUAUCCUCCAUUGAAACCAAAGAAUCUGUCAUGCAUUGCUGUGCAAGAGGACAAGGAUUUUUCCCCUUACUUAAACUGUAGUUGGGAUACAGGAUUGCGAAACCCACUGAUCGACACAAAUUACAUUGUUAAUGUACAUGGGUUAGAUAAACCACUAAAAGCUGUCUGUAAUCAGCGUCUUGCAAGAUCCUGCAUCGUCGACCUGGAAACAUUUCCAAAUCAUAUGUAUCUGACACUGUCGGUUGAAGUGAAGAAUGUUCUGGGGUCAGAGAAGUCAGAAGAACUUCAAAACGAGGCUUCCUAUUUUGCAAAACCAAAUCCACCACUGAAUGUCCAAGUCCUCGCUGAAGUUAACUUCCCCACAUGUCUCAUGGUUACUUGGAAUCAUCCCAUUGACAGGACCACUCUGAAACUCUCUUAUGUCAUCAAAUACCGCAAAGCAGCAUCCGAUGUUUGGAUUGAGGUGCCGGAGAGGUUCACCGGAGGGAACAUUGAGUCGUUCAGACUGCAGUCUCUGGAGCCGUACACUCAAUAUGUGGUGCAGAUGCGAUGCAUUGGAGAAAAUAAUAGCAGUUACUGGAGCAACUGGAGCGCCAGAGUUACAAAUAGCACUGCAGAAGCCAAGCCAGCAAGCGCACCAGAUCUUUGGAGAAUCAUUCAGCCCACUUCUAAUAGUAGAAAUAUCACAUUAAUGUGGAAGGCUCCUGUAAAAGCUAAUGGAAAAAUACUGGUAUAUAACUUGAAUAUCAGCCAAGAUAACGAGAUGUUUGGAAGCCACUAUAUAAGAGCAGAUGAGCUCAGCCAGAUGUAUUCGUUGGAGCUGCCCAGAAGAAAAACUGUCAGUAUUGAAAUAACUGUGAACAAUUCAGUUGGAGUGUCUCCUAAAGCAACUUUGUUCAUUCCAAGAUCAGAUAACGAGCUUCCUGGCGUGGAGGAUAUGAGCUGGUCGGUGCGUGAUAAAAAGCUGCAGGUGAAGUGGACAGCUGUCCGGCCUCAUCAUCCCGCCCUACAUCUCUCCGAAUACCUGCUGGAGUGGGUGAAAACAGAGCUGCCGGUCGACUGGCAGAGAGUCCCUAACAAUGUCACCAUCACCACUCUAAACGCUGAUUUGGAGAAAUUCAGGCGGUACAACAUAUCAGUGUAUCCAAUUUACAAGUAUUUUUCACAUCAAAUGUGGCACUUGCAAGCAGGACGUCCAGUAACCAGACCAGCCUACAUUCAACAAGGAAUUCCAUCAGAGGGUCCUACUGUCACAGUGACAAAAUCCAAGAAGAACAGUGCCGAGCUGACGUGGAAGGAGAUUCCUCUGGACAGUCAGCAGGGAUUCAUCACCAACUACACCAUAUUCUAUGCCAUCGGGAACACUAAGCAAUGGAAAUCUGUGACGGUGGGCCCUGAUGUCCAUUCACACGUGCUGACGGAUCUGGCCAGUGAAACCGAUUACGUGGUUAACGUCGUGGUGUCAACAGAAGUAGGAGCUACCAAAGGCAUGGAUUGUACUUUCAAAACUAUGAAGUACGGUGAUGGAGAGGUGGAGGUGAUUGUAGUGGUGGUUUGCCUCAGCUUCCUGUUCCUGUCCGUCUUUUUCAUAAUGCUCUGCCUUCGGAAAAGAGAAGUGAUUAAGAAGCUGUUGUGGCCGCAGGUUCCAGACCCGUCUGACAGCUCCAUUGCCCACUGGUCACCUGAUUUCCCCGUAAAGGCCGACCUGCCCAAAGAAGACGUCAGCGUGGUGGAGGUGGACGUGUUCGACGGUAAGUCCCUGUGCGAGGAAGACAAAGGCGUGCUGCCGCUGAAGAAGGACAAGUAUCUGUCGGAGGAGCACAGCAGCGGCAUCGGAGGCUCUUCCUGCAUGUCCUCGCCCCGGCACAGCGUGUCGGACAGCGACGAGGGCGACUCGGGCCAGACCACGGCCAGCACGGUGCAGUACUCCUCAGUGCUGGCCAGCGGCUACAAGGGCCAGACUCCCAGCCACCAGCCGCCGGUGUUCGCUCGCUCCGAGUCCACUCAGCCGCUGCUGGACUGCGAGGAGCAUCCGGACCACCUCAACGACAGCCACUCCAAGAGCUCGUACUUCAGACGCGGCCGAGAGCUGGAGCCGGAGUGCGAGGAGACCUUCUGUCCGGUGCAGGAGGAGGAGGCGUCUCCCGCCACCGAGGAUCCACCCGCCUCCUCUUUAAGUUACAUGCCACAGCAGAGCGGCUACCGACCUCAGUAAAAGACGCUGGCGCUUCGGAGACGGCCCUAAGCUACUGUAUCUGAAUGUGCCUGUCACCAGGUUUUCAUUUGUCAUUUUAACGGGAUUGCAAGCUUAUGCUGGAUGUGUACAGUAACACUAGACUGCUCACACUGCCACGUGCCUUCAGACGGAGAACGACUGCUUGUAACUCCAGCCACUUCUUUCUGUCUGACAACAAAACACGUUUCGUUGUAGCAUUGUGUAAAAAUUUGGAUUUCCAUUCUCAUUUACACUACCAGUCAGAUCUCUUCUGCACACCAAGCCUGCAUUUAUGUGAUCCAAAGUACAGCAAAAGCAGUAAUAUUGUGAAAUAUGUUUACUAUUUAAAAUAACUGCUUGCUGGUUGAAUAUAUUUUAAAAUGUAAUUUAUUUCUGUGAUCAAAGCUGAAUUUUCAGCAUCAUUGCUCCAGCCUUCAGUGUCACAUGAUCCUUCAGAAAUCAUUCUAAUAUGCUGCUCAAGAAACAUUUUUUAUUGUUAUUAUUAUCAGUAUUUGAAACAGUUGAGUACAUUUUUUUCAGGAUUCUUUGAUGAAUAGAAUGAUCCAAAGAUCAGCAUUUAUCUAACAUAAAAAGCUUUUGUAACAUUAUACCAUUCAAAAGCUUGGAGUCAGUAUAAUUAUUUUAUUUUAUUUUAUUUUUUGGGGGGAAAAGAAAUUAUAGAAAUUAAUACUUUUAUUUAGCAAGUAUGCUUUAAAUUAAGUUUUCUAUUUCAGAUAAAUGCUGUUCUUAUUAUUCAUCAAAGGAACCUGAAAAAAAUUCUACUUAGAUGUUUUCAACAGUAAUAAUAAUAAAAAAUUUUGAGCAGCAAAUCAGCAUAUUAGAAUGAUUUCUGAAGGAUCAUGUGACACUGAAGACUGGAGUAAUGAUGCUGAAAAUACAGCUUUGAAAUCACCAGAAUAAAUUACACUUUAAAAUAUAUUCAAAUACAAAACGUAUUUUAAAUAGUAAAAAUAUUUCAGAAUUUUACUGUUUUUGCUGUACUUUGGAUCAAAUAAAUGCAGGCUUAGUGAGCAGAAGAGAAAACAAAAAAAACAUGUUCAGAAACGUUUGACUGGUAGUGUAUCUGUUGCUGAUUUCUUGCCUCUGGCUCACAGCCGAUUGGUCUGUGGUUGGUGAUUGUGCCGCUUCGAUUUCGCUCGCUUCCAGCAUAGACACAGUGUUGUUUAGAAAUGAUGAACAAUUUGUGUCAAGGUGCGUUAUGGUAUUGACACAUAUUACUGAUUAUGGUAUUACAAAUAUUCAUAUUUUUAACAAUAUGCAACAGAAUGUCGACCCUAGCUUGAGUUAACCUUUAGCUUUCGUGUUCCUGGUGAUCAUUUCCUCUUUGGAUAAAACUAACACUACAUUGAAAUGACAGUUAUGAAAUGCAAAUAUUUCAUUUUAUGCCUUAUGACAUGUAUUCAUGUAUCUCUGUGUGAUUUUUGUUUAUAUCAUUGUAUCACUUAGGUGUGUAUCACUGAUACUAGGUCAAAUAAAGACUUUAUUCAAA